AGCAUCUUUAUGUUCUUCCGUAGCGUUUUUGCGAGUUUUUCCUCAAGCCACUCAGGGACGUUUUUUCUAAUCUCAGGAGUGUCGGCAUUUCCAUGGCGCUCAAAUCCGGUGUGUUCGCCUGCCUCAUCCUUGCAUCGAGCUUGAGCUGCGCCGUCAUGGCAGACUCCUGCUUUAGAGACAUCGUGACUAUGACUUCAGAGCCAGACCAAAACACGCUGAACGUCCAGAUUGAGAAGCUGCAAGUAUGGAAUUUCAGCAAGUAUGCCAAGUGCGCAGUGCGACAAAGACCUGCGCGCAUGGGAGGGCUCCCAAUCUCAGAGGAGCAGUAUGUGGUGCUUGCAGAGCGGGCUCUGAAGAUUUGGUACGCUGUGACUUUGGCGCACCCCAUGAAGAAUUAUUCUCCCAGUGAAGAGCUGGACCUUGUGUGGCAUUGCCAUAUUUUGGACAUGCGCAACUACGCCGACUUCCAGCAACAGCUGGGGACAGAAAUUGGGCAUGUGCCAAGUGGAGAUGAGGAAACACACGAUCUGGCACAGACUGAGAGCGUCUUGAAUGCGGUGUCAACUAUUUUGGAUACCAAACUUUUGAAUACCUUCUUCUCUGAGUCGUGGAUUAAUUGUGUUCGGGUCUAA